AUGAUGCAUCACGGCUGUUAUGUGACUCCCUUUUCAUGGAUACAAGGGGACGGAGAUCUCUCUUGCUAUCAGUCACAAAUAAAAAUAUGAAAGACUUCCUCGUUCAAUCAGAGCCAGGAAGUUUUCUCUUUGGUGAUAACCUGACAGACCAAAUUAAGACUGCUAAGUCAGUGCAAAAGUCGGGAGAAGAUUUGAAAAUACCUCAAGUGAAGAAAUUAACCUCUCGACCAACCACAUCAGGACCAAAAUUCAGCGGUGCACAAAAUAAAUCUUUAAACUGGCGGGGCCCUCCUCGAGGCAAGGCGAAGAAGAGGGGGGGGGGCAUCACCGAGGACAACAGGCACCACGACAGGCAGACAGGAGGCCGCCCGAGAAGAAGGAUCCACGCAGGAAGUGAAUCAGCAGCCUUCUGAAUAUCUACUCUCUUUGAACAAUUGCAGAAUGAGUCAUCCUCUACACCAGAAAAUGAAACUGAUGGCAGGAUUAUUAUCAGGAAAACAUUCUUAAAAUUGGGAAUCAACAAUGAAGCAGUUGAAAUUAUGAUAAAUUCAAUAUCCAAGAGUACACUAGAUCAAUACUCUCCUGCUAUCACAACAUGGGCAAAGUACUGUAAAUUACAUAAAA